AUGAACGAGCACUCGCCCGUCAACUUUGCGCAGCCCGACAAUGUGACCGGACGCAGCUCCGAUCCGAACAGCUCCAUGCCCGGAAGCCAUGAAGCCGGCCGGCUGUCUCCGGCUCUGGUCGAGUCGAUUGCUGGGCUCAGCGCGGGCUCGAUUGCGACGUUAGUUGUGCAUCCGCUGGAUAUUGUCAAGACGCGCAUGCAGAUCAGCACCAGCGCCGCCUCCGCCGCCGAGCACAACCCCUCCAUGCUUGCCAUGCUGCGAUCCCUCUCCAGCAAUCCUCGCCCCUUUUCCUCCCUCUACCGUGGCCUCACCCCGAACCUCACCGGCAACGCCCUCAGCUGGGCCUCCUUCUUCUUCUUCAAGACCCGCUUCGAAGACCUCCUCACCUUCGCCCGCGGCUCGGAACGUCCCACCCCCUCCGACUACUUCGUCGCCAGCGCCCUCGGCGGCGCCGCCACCAGCUUCCUCUCCAACCCGAUCUGGGUCGUCAAGACGCGUAUGCUCGCCUCCGACAAGGGCGCAAAGGGCGCCUACCCGUCCAUGUGGUCCGGCUUCCGCACAAUCUACGCCACCGAAGGGUUCCGCGGCCUCUACCGCGGCCUGGGAGUCUCCAUGAUCGGCGUCUCCCACGGCGCCGUCCAGUUCGCCGUCUACGAGCCCGCCAAGCGCUUCUACUUUGCGCGCCGCCAGAGCCAAGGCUUCGACAGCGCCCGCAUGACCACCGAGGCCACCGUCGUCAUCUCCUCCGCUGCGAAGCUCAUCGCCGGCGCCGUCACGUAUCCAUACCAGGUGCUCCGGAGCCGCCUGCAGGUCUUUCACGCCGACGAGAAGUUUGGCAAGGGCUUCAGGGGCGUCGUGAGGAUGACGUGGAGGGAGGAGGGCAUUCGGGGCUUCUACCGCGGCUUGAUACCGGGAGUCGUCCGGGUCAUGCCCUCUACUUGGGUCACGUUCCUGGUCUACGAGAACGUCCGCUACUAUCUGCCUCGUUGGAUGUCGUAA